AUGGUGAGGCUCGCUGGAACGCGCUACAUCCGAUAUGUCGUGGAAGAAAUGAACCCCCUAACAGCAUGCAUUGUUGGUGCAUUUUUCAUUACGGUGCCAUUCAUAAUAUACACGUCGAAACCAUCCAGGGACCUGUCAUUACUCAAUUCGUAUCAGUUAACGGACACUAAAGUGGACUCCGUCUUUUCUAGUGGCUGUGUGGACACACGUGGGUAUCUGGCGGACCCCAUGUACAAGAAACAGAAUGCUACUUUCGUGAUGCUGACAAGAAACUCCGAACUGGACGAUGUUCUGUCCACUAUGGCCAGUGUAGAGGAACACUUCAACCAGUGGUUCCAGUAUCCGUACGUGUUUUUAAACGAUAUGGAAUUUACGGAACAGUUCAAAAAUGCUGUAAAGGAGCACACUCGUGCAAAUGUGACAUUUGACAUCAUUGAAUCCGCAGAUUGGGAAUUCCCGUCAAACGUACCGAGAGAAUUACUUCAUGAGAAUAUCGAAUUGCAAGGUGAUCGUGGGAUCCUGUACGGUAGUAUGGAGUCGUACCAUAAAAUGUGUCGUUUUUACUCUGGGAAAUUUUACCAUAACAAGUACGUUAAACAGUACGAAUGGUACUGGCGACUGGAGCCCUCCGUUCAAUUUUUCUGUGAUCUUUCCUACGACCCAUUCUUUGAAAUGAAGAAGCACGGCAAGAAGUACGGGUUUACGAUAAUGAUCCCAGAGCUGUACUGGACGAUCCCGAAUCUGUUCCGGACAACAUUGAGCUACCUGAGAGAAUACAACCUGACUGUGGGGUCCCUGUGGAAAGUGUUUACGUCUGACAACUCCGUUGUGUCCAUUGACGAUAAAGGCGACGCAUACAUGGACAAAUUGAUCAAUUACGAGCAUGACACAAUGGCCAGAGUCUCUGAGAAGAUUGCAAUACAGUAUUUCUUGGAGGAAGGUUUCACGCAGGACAACGAUGCAGGGAUGCAAUCUCUGAUCGACAGGGCUAGAAGUCCGGUCCCUAUUGUCACUGAUAAAUUCGAUAACAUGGAGUACAACAUGUGCCAUUUCUGGUCUAAUUUUGAGAUCGCGAGAGUGGACGUUUUCAAUAACCCGGUUUACCAGGGUUACUUCGACUAUUUGGAGGACCACAACGGGUUCUGGAGUGAACGGUGGGGGGACGCCCCAGUUCACUCUCUGGGUCUCUCCCUGAUCCUUGAUGUCGAGGACGUCCACUAUUUCCGGGAUAUAGGUUACAAGCACUCCACGCUUCAGCACUGUCCAAAGAAUGCAUUGAAUCUGUACCAGUUCCCCUACUUGGAGGCAGAGAAAAAGUGGGCUCGACAGGGGUCGCGAGCGUACUACGACGUACCGAAGCCCGCUGGUACAGGGUGUAGGUGCAGUUGCCCCAAGGAGCCCAGAAGAGAAACGGAGGAUGACCACCCGUACUGUCUCAACCAGUGGUUAUAUUACACGCACCUCGAAGACCCGAGCGAACCCAGGAAGCCCAAAUUCAACCUGACUGAACUGACGGGUGUCAUUGAAAAGGAUUUCCUGAGACAACACAGACCCAAUUAUUAG